GAGAUGCAUCAUUGUUCAAUUGCCUUUAUUGCACAAACUUCGAGUCUUAUAGCCGACUAGCCGAAUUCAACUUUGUUGGCAUAAUAAUCGUAGUUGCAGUAAUGUACAUUUCAUUUAGACAAUUCUUAUUCAUAAUUCAACUACAAGUUUCAGACAUAAGGUAGCUAGUUGAAGCCUUUAUAUAAAUCAAAUCAAAUCAAAUCAAAUUCUAAAACAGCACAAAACACAAAUCAAAAUUCAUUACCAAACAUGGCUUCAAUCAAUGGCCGUAAAGCAAGUGAGAUCUUCGAAGGCCAAGCUCUCUUAUACAGACACAUAUAUGCUUUCAUAGACUCCAUGUGUCUAAAAUGGACCGUUGAGCUUGACGUACCAAACAUAAUCCACAACCAUGGCCAACCCAUUACUCUUCAAGAGUUGGUUUCUAUUCUACAAGUUCCACCAACUAAAAUUGGCAAGGUGCAAAGUAUCAUGCGCUACAUGGCACACAGUGGUUUCUUUGAAAUAGUAAGAAUCCAUAACAAAAAAGAAGACAAUGAAGCAUAUGCUCUCACAGUUGCAUCAGAGCUACUUGUUAAAGGCACCAACUUUUGCUUAGCUCCAAUGGUCGAGUGUGUUCUUGACCCAACUCUUUCAGGUUCUUACCAUCAAUUGAAAAGGUGGAUUUAUGAGAAAGAUCUCACACUAUUUGGUGUCUCUUUAGGAUCACAUUUUUGGGACUUUCUUAAUGAAAAUCCUGCAUAUAAUACCUCAUUCAAUGAAGCAAUGGCUAGUGAUUCUCAAAUGAUCAACUUGGCACUGAGAGAUUGUAAUUUGGUCUUUGAGGGAUUGGAGUCUAUCGUGGAUGUUGGUGGUGGAACUGGAACCACAGCCAAGAUUAUCUGUGAUGCAUUUCCUCAAUUGAAAUGCAUUGUGUUUGAUCGUCCACAGGUUGUAGAGAACUUGUUGGGAAGCAACAAUUUAACUUAUGUUGGUGGGGACAUGUUUGAAUCUAUUCCAGAGGCUGAUGCAAUUCUACUUAAGUGGAUUUUACAUAAUUGGACUGAUGAAAAUUGCAUAAAGAUAUUGAAAAAUUGUAAAGAAGCUAUUUCAGAUAAUGGUGAGAGAGGGAAAGUAAUUCUCAUAGAUAUUGUGAUAUAUCAAAAGCAAGAUGAGCACGAAGUUACUGGACUAAAGCUCCUUAUGGAUGUAAACAUGGCAUGUCUCAAUGGAAAAGAGAGAACUGAAGAAGAAUGGAAGAAGAUCUUCUUGGAAGCAGGGUUCCAAGACUACAAAAUAUCUCCUUUGACUGGACUUUUGUCCGUUCUUGAGAUAUAUCCUUAA